AUGUUAGGGAUGCAAGAAGAUGAUGAGUCUGCCGUAGACGCUACUCCUACCAACUUCAAUAACAUUCAACUCAAUGCUAAUAAUAAGGAUAAUAAUGAUAGAAAAUUAAUCGAAACAAAUGUGAUAGAUAAAGAUAAACUUAAACAGGAAAUUCAUCAAUUAAAUAAUAAGAUUAAACCACUAGAGUUUGAAUCAUACUAUGAAUUUUUCCUUUUGAAUACUUUUAAAAGAGGUAUUUCUGAAAGUGGGAAAGUUAAUAUCGAUGAUUUAAGAUCCAGAGAGCAUGGAAUGUAUUAUAAACGAAUUAAAAGAAGUAAGAAUAAUAGUAAUAAAAAUGCUAAUAAAUCAAAAAAAAUAAAGAAUAACAAAAGUAGUGAUAAUGACUACACUAACGCCAAUAUCAAGGCUGAAAGUUUAACAACUUCAAGUAGAAGAAGGACUAGGUCACAGGCCACUCCUGAGUCAGAAAUUGGAAAAGAAAAAGAUAUGAAUAAUAGUAGUGACAGUGACUUGGCUGAUCUGCAUUCUGAUGAUAACGAUGAUCAAAAUGAUACUGAUACUGACGACAGAAUACAAGGAAGUUCAGACAAUGAAGAGGAUGAUGAUGAUGACGAUGACGAUGACGAAAUUGAGCCUGCCAUCGUGGAUAAUCUUGUGGGUGACGAUCAUAAAAAUAAAGAAGAAAAGGAAAUAUCGAAUGCAUCUACAUCUGAGUCAUCUUCUGCAGAAAAAUCCCUGACAAAUGGAACUGUGAGAAAAAUUGAUAGUUUACCAUCCUCUCCUGAAGAGUCUGAUGAUAUUGAGGAUAAUUUAGAUAAAGAAGCUACAUCAAAGGAGAAAGUUGCUGAUGAUUCUGAAGUAGCCAACGUAACUCUGAAUAAUUAUAGAGAAGGAAAAGAGGAAGAAGGUGAAACUGCUGAAAUACAGGAUUUAUAUGAGUCUAUUAUACCAAAAAUAGAAGCUCCAUUUAGAAGAUCUGAUUGGUUAUUACCUCCAAGAUUAAGAUAUGUACCUGAAAAGCAGUUACGGACUAAACAUGUCCAUACUACAAUUAAAAUAAAUGAAUUAGUCGCGUUCAAAAGGAUACGAAACGUUCUAUCCAGAUUCGAAGGCGGUGUUGCCGGCGUUCGUAAAAGGGAUUGGGAAUCAGUCGAUUGA